GUAAUUCCACGCGGUUCCCACGAGAACGAUAAUGCGCAGCGAGAGAAGGAAUUAUUCAUAAACCGUCGACAUUUCGCUGUCGACCGUUAAUAUAUUUUCCGAGAUAUUAUCUGUGUCAAAAUAGUUCACGAAGCUUUAGAUCGAUCGUACUGAUCUUAAAUUACAUUUUAAAUUACAAUGAUUAUCUUUCGAGAAAGUUCCGAUUCGAGGAUCGUUUCACAACUAGCAGUACGCCAGCAUGGCCGCCGAUAAUGGCUCAUGUUUUGUGUCAAUGUAAAAUAUAUUGUGUACCUUUGGCAAUCCUCAAUUUUAUUGUCUAGAUAAACUUGUACUUGGAAAUUUUGUAACGUUUAUUUAAGAUCCUGUAUACAUGGUGUAUUUAUGUAACCAGCGAUUUUAGAAAGCAAGAGGCAAUCAAUAUUUUUUUUUCUCAGCAACAAUGUGUUAUAUGUUUCUAUAGAGUGUAACAUCCGUUAAUAAAUAAAAUUGCUUAUAGAAUCGAUACUUUCACGAUUACGGAAAGGGGGCUAUUUGCGUUUAUUAAUCAACGCAUGACGCACGAAAAAUAUAUACCGGAAAUUGUGCAACAUGAUUACGUGUUGCCAUUGUAUGCUUAUUAUAAUACUACAAAACUGGAUUCGGUUGCCGGGACAUACUGGUUCUCCCCAUUCAACCGCGACGAGGUCUUCUUUGUGUGCGGUAAACAAAGAAAAAAUUUGAUUCCGGACGAUAGCGGAGCCGCUGCAGCGCACACAGAGAGAGAGAGAGAGAGAGCCCGAACACCGUGUGGAUCGUUCACGGAAGUACACGUUUACCUGGCCAGGUGUUUGGCAUAAAAGGAACGUUUUUCGCUCGAGCUGCCUUAGCACGCAACACCGCGUACAUAUUAGAUCCCUCCGCAAAUUCGACGCUACCGUUCGCGUUUUAAUAAAACAUUCUUAUGAAAUUUGUGUUCAUAUUUACACCAGAUUUACGGACAUUUAUUCUAUACUUUAUUCUAUUGUUACUGGAGAACUGCAUGUUCGUUUAUACAAAUCGCGAAAAUUGUAGCUUCAAAACUGCAAUGCGUAUUCGCAUAAUUGCAAAAAUGAAGAUCGACUUGAGUAAGGAGACCUUUUCCGACAUUCUCACGAUAUUGAAAUCGAAACCGAACGUUGCGCAGAAGCUGCACGCGGCUAUGAUCAAGGAACUGCAGGAUGGCAUGAUCGACGACUUGGAAAAUAUAUUGAGCGAAGGCAGUUUACAGGAAUCACUGGAGAAAGUUGCAAAAUUGACUGACGCGGACUCCUCUGUACAUGGAGAGGCUUGGAGACCACCGGGGAACGUGGCUCUGCAUUUGAGAUCCUUGGACGCGCAGACGAUCAAGGAAGAAAGCGAGCUGCUUGAGAAACAAGUGAACGAAAUGGAGGAAGAGAAUGCAACGUUAAUGAAGAAUAUUUCGGACAGGAGGUCGAAAAUAAACGCCCUACACGACACCAUAACGCGAUCAUUGAAUAGAACGCCGAACGCAAUUGAAUUGUUACAGAAUAGGCUGGAGUAUCUAGAGGAAUGUUUGAAGUUCCUGGAACAUGAAUAAGCAAUGAUGAGGCAUUGCAAUUAUAGUAAUUGCACAAGGAAUGUGUAUAAAUAUGUACAUAGAAGAUAAUAUCCGCGCGGGAUGAAGAAUUGAGAUUUUAUUAAAUAAUUAGUAGAGUUUUUAUCUCAGGAUUAGGAUAUUGUAAAUAAGGAUAUGUAAUUAGUACUGUAUCUUCUUUAUAUGAUAGUUUGAUUAGGGACGUUCGUUUUAGUGAUUCUAGAGUCACUAAACACUGCAUUUAUUUGUUCCCUCAUGUCUGGUGAUAGUUUCUUCCUGCUCGCCAUUUUCUUUAAUUUUCGAAGCAGCGCCAUAUUUUUUUUCUAAAGGAAAGUAUUCUACAUAAAUUUAAUGAAUAAAACCGUUGAAGAUCUGUUGAAAUAUAUGUGGACAUACUUCUUGAAUAACGA